GAUUUUAUGAGUGAUUAUAAUCAGUCACACCAACAGCAGGUCAUGCCCCCAUUAUAUUCUCUCAUUAAUAAAUUUAAAAACAAAAAUAAAUAAAAGAUAAAACAAAAAGACAGCCUCAUUACCAUUUACCACCACCGCUGCAGAAACCGUUAAGUUGAAUAGCAACCGUCGAUCGGAAAGGCGAUUGAUCACCGUGAGCAUGGAGGUCCGCCCCAAUCCAACGGCCGACAACUCGUCGGUCGCGCAGCCCCAGCGUCAGCGCCACACACCCGCAACUACUCAGAAAAAGCCCCCUGCUUCUCCCAUCCCCGUCGACACCACCUCCGUUUCACAAAGGCUUCAGAAGGAGUUGAUGUCUCUGAUGAUGAGUGGAGGAGAUCUUGGAGUAUCGGCUUUUCCUGAAGGUGAGAGCAUUUUUACAUGGCUUGGCACAAUUGAAGGUGGAAAAGGAACUAUGUAUGAGGGUUUAUCCUACAAACUUUCUUUGCGUUUUCCUCUGGACUAUCCUUUCAAGCCACCCCAAGUCAAGUUUGAGACAAUGUGCUUCCAUCCAAAUGUUGAUCAGUUUGGCAAUAUAUGUCUUGAUAUUCUGCAGGUAUUUAUCGUUGUGUUAAAGAAACUGAUAUCAAGCUUUGUGCUAGUAAGGUCAAAGAGGAUAAAGUGAGAGAAACAGCCUGUGUGUCUAAUAUGGAGAAGUUAUGAUUGACCAUUAUGAUGGUGACAGUGUCUCUUGUAUCAAGGAGUUUGCUCCACCAUAUGAUGAUCUUCACUCUAUAGUACUUGAGGUGUCUUAUAGAAAACUAGAAUUGGUUGGAUAAAUCUAAAUGUUUGUACACAUGUCAAUGCCCCUGACUUGGGGAUGCUGGUAGUGCCCCUUAACCGGUGGUGCUGCAGUGCCCACAUGUCUGUGCCCUUAAUCCAAGGGCGCUGCAAACUCUGAUAGCGUUAUAACAGCACUAUUGCUGCCGUGGCCAUCUUCAUCCAGAACUAGCAAAUACAAAAAAAAUGACAAA